AUGUCGCGACCAACCCAGUAUGAGCCCAAGUUGCAUGCGGCCGUCGAAUCUUCUCUACCUUGCGCGAAGGUGGCAGAGUCUGACUUAUUGGUGGACCGUGGCCGCCUAAACUAUCUCAAGGCUCUCGUUGUGCUGGAUGAUGAUCCAACAGGAACUCAGACGGUUCACGGUAUCUCCGUCCUGACAACACACUCCGAGUCCAUACUACGAACACAGCUGAGGAAAAGAGAACGUGGAUUCUUCGUGUUGACAAACACUCGUGCACUUCAUCAUGAUCAGGCCAAAGAUCUUCUUCGGGUUAUCUUAACCAAUCUACGCGCCGCUGCAUCCAAAGAGGGCGUAGAAAUUGAAGUCGUGACAAGAUCUGAUUCAUGCCUGCGCGGGCACUUCCCUCUGGAGCCAGAUCUUGUAAAUCGCAUGAUCGAUACUGUGGAUGGAUGCAUCCUGGCACCGGCCUUUUUCGAAGGCGGCCGUAUCACAAUCGACGACGUGCACUACGUACGCGAGGGUCCUAUGCUUGUACCAGUUGCUGGUACGCCAUUCGCGAAGGACAAGGCUUUUGGCUUCCAGUCAAGCAAUCUCCGAGAAUGGGUUGUUGAAAAAUAUAACAAAGAAGGAAAACAUGCCCCGGACGUCACAAGCAUAAGCAUUGAAGAACUGCGACAUCCAGAUGCGGUAUCUCGAGUUGCUUCCAAAUUGGAGCAUCUCUCAAAUUCGGCGCCCUCGACAGCAGUUGGCCUUCCAUUGAUCAUCAUCCUCAACGCAGUCAACUACAACGAUAUGGCGACCUUCAUCGCAGCCAGAGCAAGAACGGAUGCGAGAUUUGUCUACCGAAGCGGUGCAAGUCUUGUUUCGGCGUACCUUGGAAUUGGGAAGUCACCCCCGUUGUCACCGAAACGCUUAUUCGAAGCGUCCAGUACCCGUGGUAGAGGCGGCUUAAUCAUUGUUGGGUCUUACGUCCCCAGAACCACAGCACAAUUAGAGCAUUUGCUACACAAGAAUGUGGAAACUUUGAAACACAUCGAGCUCGACGUCAGUCAGAUCUUAGCGGCUUCUUCAGACGAAAGAACAGAUAUUGUGAGAAAUUGUUCACAUCUUGUGAAUGACGCGAUUGCUGCAGGAGUGGAUGUUGUCGUGAGCACAAGUCGAAUCUUGCUAAGCAGUGAUGAGCCAUCGGAAAGUCUAAGCAUGGGUAACACAAUUAGCGAGGCGCUUUGCGACAUCACAAGAUUCUUGGAAACCAAGCCACGAUAUGUCAUUGCUAAGGGGGGCAUCACUAGCAGUGAUAUUGCCACCAAGGCUCUCGGCAUUAAGAAAGCUACGGUACUGGGCCAAGUUGCCCCGGGAAUACCAGUCUGGGAACCAAGCGAGGAUUGCUGUCCAAAAUGGCCAGGACUCCCAUAUGUAGUUUUUCCUGGGAAUACUGGGGAGGAUGUCACUCUAGGCGAUCUUGUAUGGGCAUUCCGUCACGAAUACAAUUGA